AUGAGCGUGCAGUCAGUCGGCGUGCAGAGCAUCCCUGACGCCGUGGUGGAGGGAGGUCGCAGCCUGGCGUCGCCGGCCCACAGCGUUGGCGUGAGGCCCGGUGCCGAACGUCCCAUGAGCGUGCAGUCAGUCGGCGUGCAAAGCAUCCCUGACGCCGUGGUGGAGGGAGGUCGCAGCCUGGCGUCGCCGGCCCACAGCGUUGGCGUGAGGCCCGGUGACGAACGUCCCAUGAUCGAGAAGCGUUUGGUGGGCCUUUCUCCUUGUGAUCCCGAGGAGGAUGAUUGGUGCUGGCCACCGCGUAAACCGGAGUGGCGUUACGCGUUAGAAUGUGCCGCUUUGGAUCGCAUUGUGGAGAUGAAUGAUUGGUGUUUGCCACCGCGACGAACAGAAUUCAUGCGGUGUCCGGAGGUAAAGAUGGCGCAUUCGGAUGAGACAGUGGUGGUGGGUGGUAACCCCGUCAUGAACAAUAGCAAAGCAUCGCACCCGUCAUUUUCCGACGUUCCUGGGCCAGUUGCGAGGGAUGUUCCGUAUCCUGAGUUGCAGGAGUCCGCUACUUCGACGUCGAAGAUGGCAUCGUUGAACGAAGGAAAUGAAGUGCCGGUUCCGGUUAUACACGCUGUGGAUUGGGAGCCUCCGAAGUCCCCGCUGUUUGCGGAUGCUGGGAACCCCGUAGAGCGAUGGUUAGAUGUUCCGACAGCGACGCCGACUGACAAAAAACAUUGGAGGCAUUCGCAAAAUGUGGCACUUAGCAGGUCGAGUGGGGCAGCCCAACAACUUUUUCCGGUGCUGGAAGACUUGGAUUUGUUAAAGAGAUCGUCAAAUUUGCCGCCGGAGGAAGUUGAACGAGAGAUGAUGCCAAGCGUAAUGGGUAGCGAUGCACAUGCGCCUUCUGAUAGCAACGCUUCGCGCAGUCGCUUGGACGUUAGGGACACACAGCAGUUGUUGCUUAACCCUCGAGGCAGUGAGGUCUCAGGAGAGGCGAAAGAGCCCGUUGCGAUGAGUGACAAGAAGGAAUCGGAGGAGCAGGCUCCGCCUACCGGAGAUAAGCGGGAAGUGAUGCCACUACGCAACACAAUUGAACCGUGGAGUGUGCAAGAGAGCCCUUAUGCGUUGGAGGUUUUCGAGGUGAGUGUGCCUGAUUUGUCGGAGGCAGGGGGUGUUGAUUUUUGGUUGGAGAACGAGAGCCCGAAAAUGUUUUCUAAGUUGUUGCGGGAUCUUGAGGAGGCAGGCCGGGUAAUUCGCAAGCCGGUUGAAUUGCUGCGAAAGCUCAGGGAGAGUGAGGAAGACCCGUAUUGGGAUAAGUUCUAG